AUGAUGUAUUACAGUACGAGCAGUUUUGAUUACGAGGAGAAGAAGUGCGCUUCCUGCACUUCGGAGAUUGCUUCCGAUAUCAUGUCGGAUGAGGAAGAGACUGGUUUGUUUGCUCCAGUCGAUCUGGCCAUUGAAUUGAUGUUGAGCGGAAAUCCGUGUACUGCCAUGUUGCCUUCCAGCAAUACUUCAAACACCAAAAAGGUGGCCAACCAAAUCUUGAAGGCUUCCAGCCAAAAGUUGGUGCGUCCACCUCGUCAAUCCUUGCCGCAAGAUAGCAUGUUUGACUCUUCCAGUGUGGGCACUACGGGUUCGACUUUGACAGAACUAUAA